CCGGAGCUGUACUUCCAGAAAGUCAAGAGGGAUGAGAUGGGCGCCCGUAUCACAUACGCCACCCUUUACGGCAUAUUCUUCACGGCCGCCUACGCUCUCAAUUUCACUCGCAUUGCUAUCUGUCUAUCGAUACUUCACUACUCAGUGGAAGCGCUCUUUCAUUUGUCACGACUUUUAUAUUUUGCCGACAAAUUGCAAAUUGUUAACUAUAGUUUUAAACUGUGGAACGUAUUGUUCGUUUUGGUGCGGUUGGGAUCCAUCACACUAUCGGUGCUGACCUUCUGGUAUGGAUUAGCCACACAUCAAACCACACAAUUCAAUGUCGCCGAAGGAAACUUCAACACUCAGAUCAUUAGGAUCAACUGUUUGGCGGCCGUAUGUCUGUUGGAGGCCUGGAUGAUGUGGAACUUCAUUAACUUCCAUUUGCGACGAAUGCGCGAAAAGGCCGCCGAAGCGGCCGCUCUCCGCAAGAAGAGCGCCGGCGGUGUCCGCAAGAAACCCAAGAAGACCGAGAAGGAAGACGUGAGCGAAUUGCCUGAAGUGGACCAGAACACCAACAAAGGGCUCAUCCAUCGGCCCAAUAAGGCGAUCAACUGUUUGGCGGCCGUAUGUCUGUUGGAGGCCUGGAUGAUGUGGAACUUCAUUAACUUCCAUUUGCGACGAAUGCGCGAAAAGGCCGCCGAAGCGGCCGCUCUCCGCAAGAAGAGCGCCGGCGGUGUCCGCAAGAAACCCAAGAAGACCGAGAAGGAAGACGUGAGCGAAUUGCCUGAAGUGGACCAGAACACCAACAAAGGGCUCAUCCAUCGGCCCAAUAAGGCGUCGCCUAAAGUCAAAUAAACCCUUCUUUCACACACUAGACCUCCAAAAACGUGUCGACCAUUUGUUUUAUUGCGGAACUCAUCCACUGAUUGAUUGUUUGAUGGAGUGUUUCAUUGGAGAGAUUGUAGGCAUUGUUUAGUAUUUCUUAAGUGUAAUUCAUUUAGGAGUUCCUCUCUUUCUAUACUUUUCUCGAC